GUUUGAGAGAGUGUGCACUAGUGUUUCUGAGGCCGCCUUUGACGUCUGAUCAGUUUGUCUUCCUUCAGCCUGAAAAUGGCCAAACUCGCCUCUGAUCUCUUCAAUUCGAAGUGUGCGGCCGGUUCGAAUGGAUGCAAACCCAAGGAUUCCUCCACCUGGUCUCAGAUCCGGACAGAAAACAUCCCCAACGAUUUCACGGGCGGGGCCGGCUGCCACAGUGCCUCGCCUCUCUCGAAAGCACCCGUGGCCGGCAAACCUCACGCUGAGCUUCUCGCCAGCUCCCCGGCGGCAGCCGCGCUCACCGCCUGCCUCAUAGUCCUGCUUUUCAUCGGCCUCUUUAACCUCAAGAGAAGCAACAUUCGUUCUAGGUUGGAGAUGCUCUGUAAGAAGUUUACACAUUUCAGCCGGAGGUUGUUGGCUUGUGGCAACAGCGCCAAUAAGGCUCUAUCCGAGAGGGAUGUCCACUGCUUGUGCAGAGAAAUAUUUGCCCAGGAGAAGCUGGCGAAGAGGCUGCGGGUGGUGGAAAGCAAGCUGAUGGCGGUGGAAGAUAUCGUGGUGUAUGUUCUGGAUCAGCUGAGCAUGCAGCGAGCCGUGCAGCCGCCCCCGCAACACUGCAAGUACACUUGCUGCCAAUGUCGAGACGGCUCCAGGUCGGGCUCCCCCUUCACAGAGUACGAGCGAGGGAGCCCAGUGUUGCGCACAACCGUGCGGAGAUGGGAAUAUUAACCCCCCCCCCUCCCCACCCACCCAAAAGUUGUUCCAGAAUGAAUAAAAUGUGAAC